AUGCCCCGAUGGGGAAGACCACCGGGGGCACGAAUGGGGAGACACACACGGGGAGGGCGCGCGCAGUGGGAGGACGAGAUGCGAGUGCAGGAGAUCGCGAGCGACGAGGACGAUGCGUAUGGACGAGCGUUGGUGCGGAAGGAUCGCGGUGGGUACGUGCGGCAGCUGGAAUAUGGGAGUCGGGACCCGCGCCGGCGGCCAGACUAUGAUGAUUUGACCGAUGAGUCUGAAUCGGUCGAGGGCGACUUCGAUCUCUACGACCAUGAGGAUAGCACGGUAGCCUAUGCGGUGCAACUGGCCAUGCGGGACAAGGAGGAUCAGCUGGUGGACACGGCAUUGGAGCGCAUUCGCCGCGCACAGAUGCUGGGAAAGAAAAACGUUCGGCUCUCGCAACGCGAGCUGCAUGCCUUGGAGCGCAAGCGCCAGCAGACCGACCGUCACUCGAGUGGGAGUGGCUCAUGUCGCAACAAGCAAGCCGGCAACGCGGUCCCUUCACGGCCGGCAUCGCGACGAAAUGCCCCGGUGCCAGAGCAGCAACCGCCAUCGCAACCGCCGCCCGGGCCGUAUCCGCCCUUUGCCCCUGAGGCGGGCUGGGCGACCACGACGCACGGUCGACCCUCGAGCUCGUCGUCGCGGCCCCGAACCCCGACCAUGCAAUCUCUGCGUCCCCAGCAGUCCAACUCACCGCUCCGGCCGACCUAUCCUCCAUUUCCCCACCCUCCUUCCCAUGGCCAUCCGCAGUCGAUGCAUCCGCCGAUGUAUCCGCGGCCGUUACCGGACGAUCCUCAAUGGGCACCGCCCUACUACAAUCCCAUGGCGAUGACCCCUUAUGGGUCGGAGCAGCCGCUUUACCAGUCGCAGCUGCCCACCGAUCUUCGGGUUGGGCCUCACAGUCGCAUGGGCCAUCCUUCGGGGAUGUCACCGAUCCAGGCGCCACCCCGCCAGUCUCUGGAUGGCCGUCAUGCCCCGGGUGUGCCGUCGCGCGGGACUCGCCAUCGCCCAUCCGAGACCGAUUCGGAGAUGUCUAGCGAGGAGGAAGAGGAGUCCGAAAGCAGUGAGGAGGAAGAGGAGGAGGUGCAAGUGGUGAAGGUGGUGGAACGCCAGGCGCCUCCGGGUCUGCAGAAGCGCACCGUCUCGGGCGGCAGUCGAGGCAGUCGGGGUGGGCGCGCGCGAAAAAGUCGAUAG